AUGAGCGGGAACACUUCGAAGAUAACAUGCUAUGAUACCACUGGCUCAGCGUUCUGGAAUAAUACAAAAUGUCCGGAUUCCGAUUCCUGUUGUCAAACUGUUGGACAAUGCCGACCAGACCGACUGUGCACUUCUAACAACGACCCGAAUACUCUCGUCCGUGCAACGUGCAAAUAUUUCCCAUGGUCAAACAACUGUGCCAAAGUUUGCAUAAACGAUAAUGAUAUCGGUACUUUCCUCCCCCGAGUCAAUAUUUGUGCGGAUGGCAGCUACUGCUGUGUCAAAGACUCUACCUGCUGCAUCGACAAGCGUGGGCUUUUCCUAAAUCAUGACGGAAGCAUCAAAUCUCGCGCAAAUCAAACCAUCGACAGCACGACUUUGAUGACGUCCCCGUUUGCGACUAGCGCGAUGUCAUCGACUUAUAGCAAAGCGCCACAAAGCACACCUCCCGGUGCGGCACCUCCAUCUUCCGGACUUUCGCAAGAAGCCAAAAUUGGUAUAGGUUUCGGCAUAUCCUUCGGUUUAGUCCUUCUCCUUGUUUUCGUAUUGUUUGUCUGGCGCACUCAGAAAAACAAACGAUUCCAGCCCAAUCCAAGUGCCUUCCCAACCUACGGGGCAACGAAAAAAAGGUUCGAAAUUCCAGUAGAAUUGCCUACGCCUGAUCGACCCCGUCCUCAGGAGCUGGGAUGA